UUUCCCACUAUGCUUUGUAGUGUUUUGGCGAUGGCGGAGAUGGCGACAGUUGGGGAGGGUGGAGAGGGGGACGCCUCAGUUCUCCACCAAAUCAAGGACACGGUUGAUAAACUGUACGAGUUCAGGGACCAUUACUUUGAGCAACACGGCAUCGAUAGAGCAGCACAAAAGGCAGAGGAUGUGAAAGCAGAGGUGUCAAAGGCCAUGAAGCUACUUGAUGAGUUACAAGAAACAUGCCCCAACAAGGCACAGGUUUACAUGCAGAGAGGCCGUGCCCUGAACGUCACCUCAGAUUUUGACCCUGAAGCUCUGGACGUGCUGUCCAAAGCUGUGAAGCUCGACCCCUCCCUGGUGGAAGCGUGGAACAACCUUGGGGAGUGCUACUGGAAGAAGGGAGACGUGGAGGCUGCCAAAAACUGCUUCUCUGGAGCUCUUGCCAAAUCCAGGAACAAAGUGUCAUUGAGGAAUCUAUCCAUGGUCUUACGCCAGCUCGGUACGGACCCUGUUGAACGACUCAAGAAUAUCCAGGAAAGUGUGACUGUAGCCAAGGAAGCUGUACAACUGGAUGUCAAUGAUGGCACUUCUUGGUUCGUUCUUGGCAAUGCCUACCUGUCAGUGUACUUCUCUGGUGACCAAAAUCUACAGAUUCUCAAACAAUGCAUGAGUGCAUACAACCAAGCGGAAGGUGAUGUUGUGGCCAAAAGCAACCCUGACCUGCAUUUCAACAAAGCAACAGUGUUAAGGUAUGAAGAACAGUUUCAGCUGGCGUUGAUGCACUGGGACCAAGCUUCAGCACUGGACCCAACAUGGGACCAGCCGAACAUGAAGCAGACACAGCUUCUCAGUUAUCUGUCCAAGGUGGCUGACAUGGUGCACCACAAGGGCAAAUUGAAAGCCAAAAGACUCCAGUCCAUGCUGAAGUCUCUGUCAGAGAAGGACCUGGGGCCAUAUGGUGGCGGCUCAUUUGAAAGCUCUACAGGGAAGAAAGUUCCACUGGAAUCAACAACAUUGGCAAACUUAGCUAGUGGACUGAAUAAGAAUAAACUGGUGUUGGGCAAGGUGGUAUGCAGUGUCACAGCAGAGGAAACCAUUCCUUUCACCUUUGCUUUGACAGACAAGGAAGGCACCUGCUUUGCUGUAACAGUGUACAACGUUGCACCCAACUAUGGGACAAUUGUUGGAGACUCAGUAGCCAUUCCAGAGCCGUUCUUGCAACACGUAGACUUUCAGCACAAGGACAAGAAGUUCCAGUUCAGCGUGAUCCGAGUGGAGACUCCACUGGUCCUUGUGGUCAACAGCAGGAAGCUUGGAUUGGACAAACAGGCACCAACUGUCCUAGCUUGCACAACAAUGAGUGAAUAGACAACACACAACUGGUCCCAGAUGUAGGAAUGCUGAAAACUUGUGCUGCAGAUAUGUCGUUGAAAAAUCAAUCAUUCCAAGCACAAAAGUAAACAUGUCAUUCAACAUGGUAUGUUGCUGGAAAAAGAGGCAUUCAAAAAGAAUUUACCAGACUGACUGAUGCCUUGGUGUCCUCCUGUUUUAUGUGUUUUUGUAACACAUAUUCCAAUGUCCCAAACUCAAUGGGAAUUUUUCAAAGGGUGCACUGAGUUACUUCUGUGUGAUUGGAAAAAAUAUCAAAGAAGUUAUUAAACCUGCUGCUCUUCUCAGUAGGAGGUACAUAGACAAUCUUCAAUAGUUUGGAGCUGAGCAUUUGGAGUUUUUUGUACAUAUUUUGUA